AUGGUGAAACGCUUUGAUGUACAAUCGACCUCCCGCAUCCCUGCUUCCCCUGGUGUCGACCUAGGACCGAAGCGACAUGACGAGAAGGGAGGGGAAUGGCCGGUGAGGGAGGCCAUCGGCAGCAUGAUGUGGGUGCCGACGUUCUCGCGUCCAGACGUCUCGUUCGCCGUACGUGCGGUAGCGCGCCACGCCCACGCCCCGGCGAAGCGGCACUGGGAUGCCAUACAGAAGAUCCUCGGCUACCUGAAAGGGACGAGGGACCUCGGCAUUACCUACCAACGGGGAUCGGGGUUAGGGCUGGCCGUCAAGACACCGAGCAUCGUGUCUCUGUCUUCGACGGAGGCCGAGUACGUUGCUGCCGGGGAGGGCGUCAAGGAGGCGUUGUUUGUGCGUGCUGUGCUUUCGUUUGUGGCCCCAGAGACCAGUGGUAGCAGCGUCCAGGUCCUUGAGGACAACCAGGGGGCCAUAGUGUUGGUGCAGAACCCCCUCAGCUCCUUUCGGACGAAACACAUCGACGUGAGAGUUCAUUUCAUCCGCGGAUUGUUUAUGUCGGGGGAUAUUUCGGUCAAGUUCGUUCCGACUACGGAGCAACACGCGGACCUCCUAACCAAGGACCUUAGCAGGGCCAGUCUGCAGUACCACCGGCGGAAGUUGAUGAAUUCGCCGGAGUAG